AUGUCGACAUGUCCACUUCUUGCAAGUCAUCAUCGGGUCAACGCCGCCCCAAAUGGACACGUUCAUCAAGCUAUAUGUGAUGAGUACGAUCCGGAGAAAUACCUCAGCGAGCACACAGUCGGCCAGCACGCACUUCCAGAUUAUACUGCGCUGUUCUUACAGAAACAUCGACACGUCAAGUCCUCAGAGCCCGACGCUGAAAAAUCUACGGUUCCCCCGUGCACUGUGAUCGCUGGUCUAGUGCCUGCUAUCAUGAAGUACAUGAUUUCUCAGCACGAAGGCGCCUUAGUCAAGGGUAUUGUCAUGGCAUCGAUGAACCUAUCGAUCACGGUCUGCAUGGUCUUUUUUGCAUAUGUCGACAAAGGGUAUCUUUUCAUCGUUAGCGUGCUGUUCUCAAUCUUCCAAUUGUUGAUUUUGUCGAAACAGUAG